GCGUACGGAAGACGUCGUGUAAUCAAUUUCCGUUAACCACCGAAUUUUAUUUUAUUGCCAACUCAGCAAUUUCUCGUUGUUAAGGUCAUUUUUCGGCAAUAACCAACCGCAUCAGAAGCAAUGACUGACAGUUUCAGACAGUUAUAGACAUAAAGAUGAUAUAUGUAUAAUUAAUUAUGCCGGUGGCAUACUCUUUAAACAACAAGAAUUGCCGUGGUUGAUCGUAUGUAUUUUUUUGCAGUAAAUUCAAAAGAGAUGUCACCACACUCGUCAUAACAUUGAGAAUUUAUUAUCGAAGUAUACUGUAUACAUGGUAGUUAAACAUAGUCAAAAAUGGAUAAUCUUGAGGAACAAUGCGAAGACGCACUUUUCGAAUUAUGCGACGCUAGAGAGCGAUACCCACAACGAUGUGCUAAUGAACUUAAGACAUCUUUUCAACUUAUAAACGAUAUACAUAUGCUGAAAGCGUAUGAGAAGUUAAAUAAUAUAAGUGAUAAACCAUCUGCUGUGGAGCAAAGUACGCACAACAUAAAUUUUAACGAGAAAGAAAUGUCUUUUGAACAUUUAGAUUACAAAUUGCAAGAUAUCGCAAACAAAUUAAAUAAUUUAGAAGCAGUAAGAAAACAAGUUGAACGCGAAAAAAUAUGUAAGAUAAAUAAACAAUUAGAAAAUUAGAUUUAUAUUUUUUAAAGCAAUAAAAUGACUCAAAAUAGUGUUAUUUAUUUAUUUGUCAUUAGUGCUUAUGGAUAAAAUGUACAAGAAAUUUGAUCAAGUCAUUAAUUGUC